UCAAACUUUCAAACUCCUACAACAAACAAAUUUUAAUGGAAAUUAAUUAAAUUGAGAGUUUUAUCAUCAUCGUACAAAUUAUGAGUUAACAGUAGCACGCUUUUGCAGACGAAAUUUAAUUAAGUAUUGUAAAUAGAUAACAAUGGCUCUAGAUUUAGUAAGUGUGGCUCAACCACAUUACAUACCAGGCUACACGGGCCACUGUCCGGAGUACAAGUUCCGUAUCGGCAACACGUAUGGCUCGACUACCCACAAGAUCCUCCUGGACCCCAGUGUGCUGCACUCCGAGCGACUGGUGCUCUCGGACAGGACCGUUGAUGACUUUCAGGUGUAUAGGCCGCCUCAGUCGCAGAUCGAUGCAGUGAACGCCAGGUUUCGCAAUGGAGACCCGGUGUACAGACAUCCUAUGGUGCCCGGCUAUGAGGGAUUCAUUCCUCGCCUGAAUUCGCAAUUCGGCCAGAGGUAUACCGUAGCGGCAACGGAGGGGUUGUCCGAGUUCCAGAGAUCCCAGCUGAACUCCAGAGCUGCUAGGAACCAGCUGGAAAGGGUGGUGGACCUGCAGGCCGGCAAGGGACAACCUUGGGAUCUGGUCGAUAGAUUCUCUGCAACAGCUGAGUUCAAGCUACCGCUAGUGGCAGUGAGGCCAGAGUGCGCGGGAAUACUCCGAGACCUUCCCAUGAACGAAGCCAAGCUGGCACCACCCACUCAUGGCAUCAGCCCAUACUUCAUGGAAAACGAUGACCCUGAGAAAUACAUCAAGAAAGGUUUUACAGGGCAUGUGCCAUAUGGUUUUUCAAGAUUUGGUGAGACAUCAAAGAAGCUCACUAAUUCAGCGCUUUGUGACUUCUCUUCAAACUACAGGAGGAGACAAAGUACUGAAUGGGCACCAGUGAACGUUGUUAAGCCGGACCCGCCGCUGUCCAUCAACCCGACGGAGCUGUACCACAAGCACGUGGGCAUGCUGCCCAACUACGCGGGGCACGUGCCUGGCGAGGCCUACAGAUUUGGAAAAACGUUUGGAAACGACACGCGGGAUGCCAAACGUUGGCUGAGAGCGGACUUUUCAAGCUAAAGCGUGAAUAUUAAAAAAAACAUCAACAGCCUUUUCUAAAAAUAUGAACGGAAGUCCCCGAAUAUAUGUAAAGAAGUCUACAUCCUUAGUUACGAUGCGACCUGGUAAAAUGAAACAUGAUUUGAAUACUAUGCGGUGUGUUUUAGACAUGGUUUGGAAGUUUAAAUCCAUUGAUGAUAGAGCAAGAUGGAAGAUCUUGCGUCUCUAUUUCCGUGGAGGAAAGAAAAAGCAAUCUUCGAAGAAAAGAGGCAACAUGCUUCCUCUAUUAUUGUGAGUUUGUGAGUGAUGUUGUGAAGUCAUGUAGACCCUGAAUUUUAAAUCUAUCGUGACAUAGUUAACAUUGUUUUUGAGGCUUUAUUAUGCAUUUUGAUACUUGUUUACCUAUUUAUUGGAAUAAAACACCUUUUUAACUAAA